AAAAUUCGUUUAAAUAACGUAAAAAGAUUUCCUCAUUCGUCAUAGUUAAAAAAAAAAGAUAAAGAACAAAAUUGAAAUGCAAAACCGUUUGGUUCAUUCGCGAUAACUGUAAAGAAAGAAAACAAGGGGAAAGGAAAAAAAAGAAAAAAAAGCGGAAAGAAACGAAUAAUAAAUUUGUAUUAUAAUAAAGCAGGUUUUUACUAACGUAAGUCAAAGAGAGAGAGAGAGACUCGCCGAUUUUUUUUCUUUUUUUUUGUUUUAUUACGAUGCACAAUCACCAACCCGAUCGCGCUUAUGUCAUCCAAAACGUCAUCGAGCUCCUCUUGGCAUAAACUAUUUUCCACAAGGUCCUGCAAUAAUCCUUACUAUGUGCAUUUUAAACAAACCUAACUUCCAUUCUUUUGAUAAUUUUUCUUUUUAUUCCUCACUCCUCCUCCUACUUAUUCUUCUUCUUCGUCACCUUCUUCUUAUCUCAUAUAUUCUCUUUUUUUUCGUUUAUAUAAACGCGCACGUGCGUAUAACGAUAGACGCAAAAAAAUGUGUUUAGAGACAGAAAUAAAAGAAUGGAAAAAAAAAAAUAUAUAUAUAAGGCAAGAAAAGAAGAAAAAGAAAAAAUGGCAAAUAAAAAAAAGAAAAACUAAAGCAAAAUCUUAUAAUAGCGUACAGACAAUGAGAUUCAGAGAUAAAUAAUUUGAAAUCAAUAACAAAAUCCGCGUAAAAGUAGGCGUGUGCUUGCGUGUGUAGAAUACUCGUUAGGAUCUAGUUUCAUUUAAAACGGGUUUUAUAUUAGAACGCAUAUUAGAAUUAUGUAAAUCCUGACUAAUUGGCAAGACGAUUGAGUAUUACGCUAGUCAUCUGUUACUUUUUGCACGACCUCUUACGUCGGUGGAGGAAGAAGGGGCGGAGGAGGGGGUGAGAAAAAACGGGGGAGUAAAAGGAGGUGUGUUCACGCUACUGACAGAUCUCGUUACUCAUUUACGAUUUCUAUGUAUCGGGAAUUUGCGUUCAACGAUAGGCUAGCAUCGAUGAUAACGAUCAACCAAUAGAUUUACACCUAACAUUAUUUCAAGGCCAUAGGUAAUAAUUCGUCGUCGAGGAUGAGAUAGGAGAGAAGAUGACUGGAAAAAAUGACGACGUGAGAAAGGAGAAGAAGAUUUUUCAAAAUACAAAAUCUAUAAUUUAGGAAUAGUAUUAAGGAGGGGGCGGAGUGGUGGCAGCGCCAGGGUAGGAAAAAAAAGGGUAGGAAAAAGUUAAAGGAAAACAAAAAAAGAAAAAAAAUGGGGUCUUUGCCGAAUUUGCACGAGUUGUCGAAGGAGAAACUCGAAAGUCCUGUUUACAAAGCAGCUCCAAUCGGUGGAUUAGGUCCAAUAAGAUUACCUGCUCAAGCACCACCAUUGGCACAUACCCAUCGUCGUGCUAGAAGCAGCGGAAAUCAUCAUACCACUACUUUGUGGGACAACGACGCCAUGUUGGAGCAUAUGGCAGCUUAUUCACCGAUCUCAUGUCGUUCGGCAAGAACUUCAGCAGCGUUGUCUUGGAGACGACGAGAUUCGAUGAAUUCUUCGGCAGGUGCUUCAUCGGUACGUCGUUUGAUAGCUGCAGUUAGAACAGCACCAUCCGGACCACGUCCAGCAAAGAAAAUAAUUUUGAGGCAUUGCGCAGCUCUUUUGUUGGGACACGCGACCUGUUCAGCCGCCAUUUUACCAAUUUUUCCACUCCAAGCUGGUCUCGGAGCAUUUAAUCGUCACUUAGGUCCAAUAUUAUUGGCGCUAUUGAAUUUGACCGCAGCCAUUACUGCGUGUUUCGCACCAAUUAUUCUUCAAAAGAUUGGUACGAAUCUUGCAAUCAUCGUGAAUCAUUUGAUAACGACAAUUUUCGUCGGUGUCCAUUUGUAUCCAAAGUGGUACGUUUUAUUACCGAGCUACGCCAUUUUGGGUGCCUGCGUAAGUCCAAGUUUUUUGGCAAGGACCUCGCACGUCAACAUAUCUGCCAGCAGUUUAGCUUUGGUCUGUGCCGAUCCUGAAGAUUCGGACGAGACUAGACGAGAUUGUUUAUUGAGAAGACUCAACAGAUACAUCAAACUCGCUGAAGAUGCUGGUCUUGCGAUAGGUUGUCUGAUCGCUGCACUGUUGGUCAAAUUUACGGACUCAGUGUUACCUAACAUAUCUCAAAGCGAGAUCGAGGAUGUUUGCGGUGCCGAGUAUUGUCCCGAGGAGACCUAUUUCCACAACGAAAGUCUCUAUUUACCAACGAUCUCGGAUAACACUUCGAAAAUGUUGAUAAGUAUAUGGUUCGGUUUUGCCGUAUUAGGAAUGGGCAUAUCUUGUGCAUUCCUCGAUUCGAGGAUGAAGGAACCACAAAGUACAAACGACAGAAUUAGCUCACGUAACAUUUUCAAAUCCGUCAAGUGCGCCUUUCAAGAUCCAAAGUUGCAAUUAGCAGCGCCAUUGACAUUGUUCAUCGGCCUUGAGCAAGGUUUCAUUUACGCCGAUUUCACCGAAGCAUACGUGGCUUGUGCACUUGGAGGAGCUGGCACCGUAACUGUCAGUUUUCUCAGCUUAGCUGUCCUGCAAGCACUUGCUGGAGCAACCCUUUCCAUGUUACUAAGACACAUCAAAAGAUACUUGGUCGUAGUCGUGGGUUUCGCGUUUCAUGCCUGUUUGUUACUCGUUCUGGUCGUUUGGAGACCAGCUGGCGACGAUCCAGCACUUUUCCAUGUUAUAUCAGCCGCCUGGGGUGUAUGCAACUCCAUUUGGGAAACUUUAAUAUAUACAUUAGUAUUAGGUCUCUAUCCAAAUUCUUGGCAAGGUCCGUUAUCAACGUCGUUAUUUUGGAGAUGGUUAGGAUUAUCAUUAGCAUUGGGUCUUCAUGGUUUGGUAUGCACACGUUUUCGCGUAUUAGGAUUGGCGUGUAUGUUGUUGCUAUCGGUCGUGCCUUACGUUUGGUUAGAAAUUAGAUUAUCUAAACGUGGCAAAAGUUUGGCACCGUUGUGACCAAUCGAAUCAACGGCCAGCGAUCGUGGUUCAACGAUCGAGGUCGAAGGCAGGCAUAGAUCGGACUGAGGUAAAAUCGUUCCAUCCAGUUUAAAACCAAUCAGAAGAAAAAUAAGCAGCAGCGUCAACAACGGUAGUAGCAGCAGCAGCAACAGACGUAGAAGAAGCAGCCCGGUUACGGAAUACGCGACAUUUAACGUGAAAGGAGACAAAAAAUCUUCGAGAAAAAGGGCAAACAGCGUUGCUUUCGCUUGUCAAACUACCACUGU